AUGAAACUCAACCUUUUCAUUUUAUCCAAGCUUUUGAUUCUGCAAUGUAUAUCAGCUGUGUACCUUCAGGACUUUGAUUUCUUCUACUUUGUUCAGCAGUGGCCAGGAGCAUACUGUGACACAAAGCAGAGCUGCUGUUAUCCCAAGACUGGGAAACCUGCAGCAGAUUUCAGCAUUCAUGGACUCUGGCCUAACUACAACGAUGGCUCAUGGCCCUCAAACUGCAACCCUGACAGUGUCUUUGAUAAAUCUCAGAUCUCAGACAUUAUAAGCAACAUGGAGAAGGAUUGGCCAUCCCUGAGCUGCCCAAGUAGCAAUGGCAUGAGAUUCUGGUCACAUGAAUGGGAAAAACAUGGCACUUGUGCAGAAUCUGAGCUUGAUCAACGUGAGUACUUUGAAGCAACUCUCAAACUCAAGCAAAAAGUAAACCUCCUUCGAAUCCUCAAGAAAGCAGGUAUUGAACCAGAUGAUGAAUUUUACACCCUAAACAGCAUCACAGAUGCUAUAAAAGAGGGCACUGGGUUCACCCCAGGGAUAGAAUGUAAUAGAGAUUCAGCUCAUAACAGUCAACUCUACCAAGUUUACCUAUGCGUGGACACUUCUGGGUCAAAUCUCAUUGAGUGUCCUUUGCUUCCAAAGAGCAAAUGUGGUGAAAAAGUUCAAUUUCCCAAGUUUUAA